GUUUCAAAUUGAGUAAUCAUUUACCAGGAAAAACUAAAACCCUAAUUAUUGGGGAUUUUGGGAACCCUAUUCCUCACAAUUCAAGGUCAUGGUUACUAAAAAGCUUAGAGUAAUUUGUCGAUCUGGUGGUCAAUUUGAGACUGAAAAGGAUGGCUCAUUGUCGUAUAGAGGUGGGGAUGCUCAUGCAAUAUAUGUUGAUGAUCAAACGAAGUUGGAUGAAUUCAAGAUGGAAGUAGCAGAAAUGUUUAAUUGUAGCAUUAGUACUAUGUCUAUCAGAUACUUCCUCCCUGGAAAUAGAAAGACUCUCAUUACUGUCUCCAUUGACAAGGAUUUAGAGCGGAUGAUAAAAUUUCAUGUGGAUUCUAUAACUGCUGAUGUGUUUAUCAUGAUGGAAGAAACCUUUGCUCCUUCUGUUUCUAACAUGCCAACCAGUAGGUCAAGUAGAACAACUUUGUCUGAAGAAGUGCCUAUGAGAAAUACAAUUACAGGUGCCGAGCAGUGGGAGAAUACAAUUACAGGGGUGGGGCAAAGAUUCAGCAGUGUUCAGGAAUUUCGUGAAUCAUUGCGUAAAUAUGCCAUUGCACAUCAGUUUGCAUUUAAGUAUAAAAAGAAUGAUAGCCAUCGUGUGACUGUUAAAUGCAAAGUAGAAGGUUGCCCUUGGAGAAUUCAUGCAUCAAGGUUGUCCAUCACUCAGCUGAUAUGUAUCAAGAAGAUGAAUCCAACACAUUCUUGUGGAGGGUCUGCCUUGACAGGUGGGCAUCAAUCAAGUAGGACCUGGGUAGCCAGUAUAAUUAAGGAGAAAUUGAAAGAUUUUCCAGAUUACAAACCCAAGGACAUUGUAAAUGACAUUAAACAAGAAUAUGGACUACAACUGAACUACUUUCAGGCAUGGCGUGCCAAAGAAAUUGCCAUGGAGCAGCUUCAGGGUUCACAUAAGGAUGCAUAUAGUCAGUUACCAUCUUUAUGUGACAGAAUAAUGGAGACCAAUCCUGGCAGUCUUGCUUUGUUCACCACUAAGGAAGACUCAAGUUUCCAUCGCCUCUUUAUUUCAUUCCACGCGUCUUUGAGUGGUUUUGUACAAGGUUGCAGGCCUCUCCUUUUCCUUAAUAGCAUACCCUUGAAGUCAAAAUAUCAAGGAAUAUUGUUGACAGCGACCGCUGCAGACGGAGAUGAUGAUGUAUUUCCUGUUGCUUUUGCUGUUGUGGAUGUAGAAACCAAUGAUAACUGGCGUUGGUUUUUGUUACAACUCAAAUCAGCUGUGUCAACAUCUUGUCCUCUAACAUUUGUUGCAGACAGACAGAAGGGGUUGCAGGAGUCGGUCUCUGAAAUUUUCAAGGAUUCAAAUCUUGGUUAUUGUCUGCGCUACUUAUCAGAGGAACUUGUUAGAGAUUUGAAAGGGCAGUUUUUUAAGGAGGUUCAAUGUAUCAUGAUUGAACACCUUUAUAGUGCAGCUUCUGCACCUAAACCUGAAGAUUUUCAUACGAGUGUAGAGAGCAUCAAAAGCAUUUCACUGGAAGCUUACGAUUGGAUCAUGCGAAGUGAGCCCCAUAAUUGGGCAAAUUCAUUUUUCCAGGGUGCCAGAUAUAACUAUAUGACAUCAAACUUUGGUGAACUCUUUUACAGCUGGGCAUCAGAUGCAUAUGAAUUACCUAUAAAACAGAUGGUUGAUGUCAUGCGGGGAAAUAUUAUGGAGUUAAUAUAUACCCGGUGGGCUAAUUCUGAUCACUGGUUAACAAGGCUGACUCCAUCCAUGGAGGAAAAACUGGAAAAGGAGAGCUUGAAAGUCCAUUCCUUUCAAGUACUCCUGACUACCGGUAGCAUAUUUGAGGUUCAAGGUGAGUCCACUGAAGUGGUUGACAUUGAUCGUUGGGAUUGUAGCUGUAAAGGUUGGCAACUUACCGGUUUACCCUGCUGCCAUGCUAUUGCUGUUAUCAGUUGCAUUGGACAAAGCCCUUAUGAUUAUUGCUCCAGAUACUUUACAACUGAGAGCUACAGAUUGACCUAUGCGGAGUCUAUCCAACCUAUUCCUAAUGUGGGCAGCCCUAUUCAGAACGAUUCUUCACAAGCUCUAGUAACUCCACCAACACGUCGUCCACCAGGUCGACCAACUAAAAAGAAAGUAGGACCACAGGUGGUAAUGAAGCGCCAACUCCAGUGCAGUAGAUGCAAUGGUCUUGGGCAUAACAGGGCCACCUGCAAAGAGCUCUUGUAAAGUUUCGUGGACCACCGGUAAGGAUCAAGUGCACCACAUACGUUACAUCCUAUAACUCUUUUGGAAGUGGUCGAAAGACAUAUUGGGAGCUAUGGUGUUAUAUUAACAAUGAGCGCAAUGGCUGUUCUUCGAUGUCAAAUGUUCUGUAUUAGGUGUUCUUGUAUUCCAA